AUGGCCUUCAGCUUCUCCAAUGCCGCCUCGACCACCUCUACAUCGAACCCCGGAGGAGCCCAUGUGAGCGACGGAGCAGAGUUGCAAGAGAUCCAGACAAAUCAGCUCGGGUUUGCCGCUUUGAAUGGCGAGGCCAAAAUUCGCAUUUUUCCAACGCCCUGGCCUUCGGAUGAUCUGCCUGCCCCAUCAUCCUCACUAUUAUCAGUCGCAUCAUCCCGGGGGCUUGUAGCAGCUGCGGGUCCUGAUGCCAUCUAUAUCUCCUCCACAUCAAAGGUCCGAGAGAGCCUACAGUUGUCAGAAAAGGGGCCAAUACGCCCUCUAGAACCAGAUAUCAAGAUACCCCUCCCCCGAUUGUCACAGAUUGCGUUUUCAUCUGACGACAGUGUUCUCGUAGCCUCCACUCACUCGGAAGGAGGAAUCCUUGCCUUCCAGGUUGAAAGCCUCAAGAACGGACAGCUUGAACCUUUGGUUAAGAUUACGACAAAUGGGCAAACUCUGAGAGCUCUUGUGCCAAAUCCCGUGCCAGGCAGUGCCGAGUUGUUUGCCAUCGUCACGUCCAAUGGAGACUUGAUGAUAGUGGAUCUCAAAGCCGGUGCAUUGUUAUCGGGGAUCAACGGUUUCGUCCUCACAUCGAAUGUCAGCUGCGUCUCAUGGAGCAACAAGGGUAAACAACUAGUAGCAGGUUUGGCGGACGGCAACGCAGUGCAACUAAAACCGGACGGCACCGUUGUUGCCAACAUACCCAGAUCUACUUCUAUUGCACCAAAUGUUCAUGUCUCUGGCAUCUUGUGGCUGGAAAAUGACAUAUUUUUCACUGUAUAUACCCCAAGCGGGACCGACAAUGGAAUCCUGCCCUCCGAGUACUACAUCAUUACCAGAGAUGCAGAGCAAUCAAGGUUAACGUUUGAAAAACUACCCGAGGUCUUACCACUAUGGGGCGUGGAACGUUUACCAUCUGCACACUUCAUCUCUAGGCUUAGAGCAUUUGAACCACAUUUGCAGGAGCUCGUGGUAGUGACCGCUACCACUUCAAUAGACGUUGGGUUGGUCUCCAGGACAGACAAACCUCUUUCUGCAGAGGGAGUUGUGGCGCCGGCAUUUACCACUACUGUAAUCGAGGACGAUACACGACGUGCCCAACUACCUUUAUCCUCCGAAUUCCAAGACACUUCUCCCAUUGGGAUGGCUUUCGACCUGUCCAGCACCGAAAGGGUCCCAAAUCCCAUUCCGUCCGAUUUGGAAAUACUUGAAACUGCCGGCCCUGUUCCUAACUUGAUUGUUCUGAAUACUGACGGCGUGUUAGCGUCCUGGUGGCUCAUCUAUAACGAUUCAGUGCGGGCGAAGACUACUUAUGCUGGCUUCGCCUCGGUUCGAUCGCUUCAACAGGCGUCGCCCGACACUGGCAACCUUUCCCCAGCUCCAACUGCACAAAGUGCCAAUACCUCGACCAAUGUGACCAAUCCUGGCGCGUUCGCGAAGCCUACCUUUGGUGUACCCUCGGCUCAAUCUGGUUUUGGGAACACCUCUAGCAGCGCAUUUGGUACCUCCUCGCCCAUUGCGGCUGCAAAAUCGUCAUGGACCACAACCGGCUUCGGUGCAGGUACUGUUUCAGGAGCGCCUGCUUCCACAUUUGGCGCGCCUGCUUUUGGUAGCACGUCUACUCCAGCAUUCGGCUCAGCCAGUGCUCUUGGAAAACCUUCUCUCUUUGGCCAGCCAGCUUCCCCUGCUGGUCCAACGACUUUUGGCCAGGCCUCUUCAUUCAAGUCCAACCUAAAUCCGAGCCCUUUCUCCGCAGCUAACGCAGCAACAACGCAGUCUGGCUUCAGCUCCUUUUCCAACGCUGGGGGUUUCUCUUCAUUUGCGGGUGUGCAAACUGAUCAGAGCUCUAAAAGUCCCUUCGCUUCAACAUCCGGCAAAGUUGAAUUUGGACAGCAGGCAUCCGGAAACUUGUUUGGCUCCAACUCAUCCUCAUCACCAUUUGCUGCUGCCAAAACUUCUGGGUCGACGAUCUUUGGAGGCAAUAGCGGGGCUUUCAAGCUUCAGUCGUCGUUCCAGGGUGACGGCACCGCAAAGGAUGACGGACCAAAACCAGAACAGUCAGGUAGUUUCGGCUUGGGAGCCUCUUUGGAUGAUAUGAUGGGAGAAUCUCAAAAAGACCUAUCACCAACUCACGAUCAAGAAGCGGAGAUGGGGGAUGAAUCCAGUAAAAGCUAUACGGACUCUGACAGGGCUGAGGCCCCUGACUCCCAGAACAUUCCUGUGGAACGCACAAAUAAGCCUGCAACAUCACUCGUAACACCUCCGGCCACACUUAACCAAUCGAAAGCCACCCCUGCCCCACCACUGUCGAAUCUUUUUGGUGCUACGAGGGACCAAUCUACCACUCCUAUCCCUCAGCCAGGCACAACUGGAUGGUCCUUUGAUGGGUUGUCUUCAACAACGCCGAAGGAGACGCCAGCUCCAUCUCAUAUGGCUCUGUUUGGAACGAAGAACGCCAGCCAUGACACCGCCGCCAAUGUGCAAACCAGCACGCCUUCCAACACCUUUGAAUUCAUGAAGGAGCCGCCUGAGAUUAAACAGGAGCCCCCAAGUGACGACGAGUCCGUAGAUUUGAGUCAAAUCCCUGAAGCUCCUCUCCCUCCAGAUCCAGUUAGCAAGCCACUUUAUGCUGCUGGAGAUACCUCGGUGUCCUCAACUGCCUCUAAGACAUCACCUGACUCUGCACCCUUGCCUCCGGACUUCGUUCCACCUGCGACUAAAGCAGACGAAGAACGUUUGCAAGAGCUACCCAGCGAUGGGGAGGAAGAAGACGAAGGAGGUUUCAGCUCAGAUUUCGAAGGCAGUGGAGAAGAGGUUACGGAUGGCGCGAGCCAGGAGGAAGAUAAUAGCGACGAGCAGCACGAGCAGCUUCAGACAUCGCCAGAAAGUUCGUUCAAGAGUGGAGAUAGAAGUACAGAGGUCAGUCCAACUGGUGGACUUUUCACCAAAGUGAGUACUACCAAUUUCGGGGCAAAGUCUCAACGACCUCUUUUUGGGGAGGUGGGUUCGUCUGGGCCGAUAUUUGCACCACCGAAGCCGCACGAAAGUCCUAGGUCGCCGUCCCCAGUGAGAAAAGUAUUCCCCAUAGAAGGACUUCGGGUUGACCCAUCCCGGUCUGUCAGCGCACCGGCUCGCCCUAAAUCAGUGAUUGAUCAGCGAAAGGCUGAGUAUCACCAAUCAGCUCUUGCGAUACAAACUUCCAGGGCUAAGGAGGAAGAACUUGCGAAGGAGAAAGCACGCCGAGAAGAAGCUGCUCGACGAAAGGCUGAGGAGGAGGCUGAGCAACUUGCAUUGCUACAGGAUGAUGAAGACGACAGACUGAGGCAAGAACUCGAGAGACCAAUAACGCCUACGCAGGCUCUUGACGAUUUCAUCACGUAUCAGCCGAAAUCGCCGGAGGAUACGACUAAAACCGGAAUUCCAGCACAGAUCGAACGACUUUAUUCCGAUAUCAACUCGAUGGUCUAUACGCUGGGCAUCAACGUUCGUUCUCUCGCUUCUUUCAUGCAAUACCAACAGCUUGACGCCAGCAAUCAGUCAUGGCCUAGUGUGCUCAAGUCAGAGACGCCAAUGGAUGCGUUGAAUGAUGAAUGGCUGUUAGGUGACAUUACGCGUUUGCAUGAGGGGCAUAUCGCACUCUCUACGAUUUUGGACGAUAGCAAGAUCGACGGUUUCAACGACAAGCUACAACAGUGCCAAGAGUUGCUUGGACACGACCUUUUUGAACUCCGGGUAAAGUUGACAUCCAUCAAAAAAUCUCUGCAAGCGCUCGCUAGUGACGAGACCAGCAUGAGUGCACCGCUUUCCGCCGAGCAAUCAUCCAUCCAGAACGAUCUUCGUCGAGCUUCUGCUUCCGUACAGUCGAAGCUGGUGCAGGUGGAAGACAGUAUUGCGGUCCUUCGAGCGAAACUUGCGGAAAGUAGUGUGUCUGAACAUUCAAAUCGAAGAUCCAGCACAUUCGGAAGGACUCCAUCUCAAAAGAAGCCAACCGUAGAAGCUGUUACUAAGACAGUGGGAAAGAUGAUGGCCAUGGCAGAACAGAAAAGUGCAGAUAUUGACUUGCUUGAGAGCCAACUCAAGAAACUAGGAAUCUCAACAUCGAACACGUCAAUAACCGGCAACGGUGAGAAAAUCAAUGGUACAGAUGCCGUCUCGACACCACUACGAUUGAGACGCUCGGCAUAUGGAGCUACACCUGGAAGCUCAGGGAGUGUCUAUCAAACACCUGAUUCCAGAUUUGCCAGCAGCGUACGGUCGAACAAAACCCUUCGAAUGAGCCAGAACGGAGGGCUGGGGGUAGUCGCUGCGGAGGAUCGAGAACGAUGGCAGGUUCAAGCACGUCGAAAGAAGGAAACUACGACGCUGCUGAAGGGCAUUCUAAAUGAUAAGCGAAAGAAGCUUACGACAAAGACCUGA